AUGCUGGACCUGAAGAACGAACGCUCCAAAAGAGGGGAAGGGAAAUUACACGCCAUCAAACAGAUAAAAACAUUAAAUCUUCAAGAUGCCAAAUCCGCUAUGGCUCUUGUAGAGCAAUGCAAGAAAUUUGGAAGGACAAAGUCACCCUUAGAUGUAAAGGGCUUGACACCGUUCGAGGGCAUCAGACAUCUAAAAUUGGAGUGGUCGGUUUUCAGAGGAUAUAUGGUGUCGCAAUUACGUUCCGACUAUUCCCCUACUUCAGAUGAUGACGAUGAUCAACCGUCCGAAGUUGGCAAAGUUCCUAAUGGACCUUUUAUCAAUGCCAUAUCGAAAUAUAUUUGUGGAACCAUCGAAACAUUCUGUAUAGAAUGGGGAGGAGGAUAUACUUACGAUCAUUCAUCUCUAAGAGAAGACGUGAGUUACAUCGGAUCACAACUCCUUCGAUCAAUCAUGAAAAAAUCACCCAAUUUAGAAAAGAUUGUUAUUCAUACGGAUAUGAAAGAUAUAGAUGAAUAUUGUGAAAUGAACUUUGAAAGAUUGUCUGACAUACUGAAGGAUAGGGUAAAAAUUCAAUUUCAAUUAUAUGAUGAUCUCCUUGAAAAUAAAGAAACGAUGUUGAAAUGGAGAAUGAACAAUGUAUGGAGAUUAUAUGAAAAAUUAUGUUAUGUCAAUAAGAAGAAUCUGAUUUUUACAUUGAAACGAUUUGACAAAAGACAAGUUGAAAGCGCAUUGAAGAAGAAUGAGAAACGGUUGGACGAACAGCGCAAAUAUGCUAGAACGUAUUAUGAAGCUUCUGAAGAAUUUAGAAUGAAAAGGAAAGAAUGGUAUAAUGAUUUUAAGGAAUGUUGGAAAUUCCAAACCGAAGAGCAAGAUCUGUUGUGCCGAUGUAAUGAAAAGAUGUUUCAUAAGAAAGCUUCAGAGGGCUAUAGAAAUUGGAAAGAUCCAGAUUGGGCAAAGAACAGAUAUCGAUCUUGCAGUUAUGAUAAUGCCUAUCAAUUUCAUCGAUCGAUAAAGUACGGCUGUCAGUGUGGGAAAUGCUACGAUUCCGAUUCAGAGUGUGGAUCAGUACUGGAAGGUUGGGAUCCGGUGAAGAGAAGGGUCGUACGUGAUGAUGAGCCAGAAAGACCGCUGGGAGGGCCUGAUGCUGAUCUGGCGUUGAACUGGUGA